UGCCAGACGGUCCCUGCAAUCUCGUUUUCUGAUCCUGAGCCGCGCUUCCAGCCCUCUCUAAAGGACGCCAUGGGUACCCGUCGUGCCCAGAGUUUGUUGUUCCUUCUCCUCCUGGGAGCCGCCUCCUUGGCCUCGGUGCAAAACUUAAAUUGUCACAAGGGCGUGUUCACCAGUAUAGAAGAGGACCCAAGCAGUAUGUUUAACUGGACCACGGAGAAGGUUGAGAGUUGUGAGGGCGGGUCAUUCUGCCAGGAAUCCCUUCUGAUGGUCAAAGCAGGGGCCAAGACCGCAGUUUUGGCCACUAAGGGCUGCAUCUACGAUGGGACGCAGGCGGUGACGUAUGUCCAGCACUCCCCACCCCCAGGCAUAAUCACAGUCUCCUACACCAGCUAUUGUGAGGAUUCCUUUUGCAACGGCAGAAAGGACCUCCAGGAGCUCUGGAGGCCGGCAGAGACCCUAGAAGCCUCGAGAGCUCCCAGUACAUCAGUACCCUUCUACUGCCCAACCUGUGUGGCUUUGGGGACCUGUGUGACUGCUCCUUCCCUUCCCUGUCCCAAUGAUACAACUCAGUGCUACCAAGGAAGACUUCAGAUCACUGGAGGAGGCAUCAAUUCUUUUUUGGAGGUGAAAGGUUGUACAUCCAUAACUGGUUGCAGGCUGAUGGCUGGGUUCUUUACCAUAGGACCCAUGUGGGUGAAGGAAGUUUGUCCGUACCAGUCUCUCCCUCAACCCCGAAAGACUGAAAAUGGGGCCACCAGGCUUCCUGUUUCAGUUUGGAGGUUCGAGCUGCUGCUGCUGCUGUUACUGCAAUAACUAACUUGUCCAUUGUUCCUGUGGAGACACUUCUGGUCCUGGAUCACAGGACACCUCUUUUGACCGGGAGCCUUCUGACUGCUGGUCACCAACAAGUUGAGGUUUGAAGAAAGGAGCGUUCUUGUGGUUGUGUUUUAUAUUUCUAAUAAAGUUUCUACUGUAAUUUGUGUAUA